AAACCUCUCUAUGAAGUAAAGCUGAGCUAUGCUGACCUGUGCUGACACCAAGAUACUGUAGGAGAGUAAGCAGGAGCAGACGGAUGUACCUCUCGGUGCAUGGACUCUGAGCUGUGGAUACAUUUCUAUCCUGGAGCUGACUAACAAGACUUCUCUCCUCUUGGGACUCUUGACGGUCUAUCUGGACGACUUCUUUCUUCUGCAAUUCUUUAUUCGUUUUUAAGGUGUUAUCAGUUUUCUCUUUUUGUUUAUCUGCUGUAACCAGGAUGCUUAGCCCUGUAACUUUGCAGCAGAUCAUUUCCACCCUGUUUGUGCUUAGCAGUGCUGCAGUGAUGGCAGAGGUUGAGUGCCCGGCUGAGUGCUCGUGCAACCCCUCGCCCCCGCUGUGCCCGCCUGGUGUCAGCUGGGUGACCGACCACUGUGGCUGCUGUAAAGUUUGUGCUAGGCAGUACAAUGAGGACUGCAGCGCCACCGAACCUUGUGAUCUCAUUAAGGGGCUACGCUGCCACCUGGGGGCAGGAGGAGACCCUGAGAGAGGACUGUGUCGAGCUGAGGCCCAUGGUUUGCCCUGUGAGUUCAGCGGGCGGGUGUACCAGCACGGUGAAGACUUCCAGCCCAGCUGUCAGCACCAGUGCACUUGUAUGGACGGGGUGGUCGGCUGCAUGCCCCUCUGUCCUCAACAAGUGCCCCUGCCUAACUGGCGCUGUUUGAGACCCCGCCUGGCCAGCCCUGAGGGUGGCUGCUGCGAGGAAUGGGUGUGUGACGACGACAACCACAUCAGUGAGGAGCCAGACGAGCUGACACACACCUCCUUGCCAGACAUCCAACCCCAUCCCAACCACAUCAGUGUCCUGCUGCAGGCCCAGCCGCAGCCUCGGCAUCCAGCUGCUUCUGGAGGGGCCACAUUCAGAAAGAUGGUGUCCUUCCCCCUAUCAGAAGUGGUACUCCAAUCCAGCUGCUUCCCACAAACCACCGAGUGGACAGAGUGUUCCACCACAUGUGGAAUGGGCAUUUCAAGUCGAGUGACCAAUAACAACCCAGACUGUCAGCUAGUCAGAGAAACUAGACUGUGCCAGAUCCGGCAGUGUGAACUGCAGCUUCCUGUAGCUAGCAAGGGGAAGAAGUGUCAGCGAACUGUCCGACCCCAGGAACCGGUCAAAAUCACCUUUGCCGGAUGCUCAACAGCACAGCGGUACCGCCCUCGUACCUGUGGGACUUGCACCAAUGACCGCUGCUGCACACCCUCCCUCUCCCACACUGUGCGGCUCCGCUUUCACUGCCCGGAUGGAGAGGGCUUCUACAGAAACGUCAUGUGGAUCCAGCGAUGCAGCUGCAAUACAAACUGUCGUAAACACAGUGAGCCCUCCAGCCCUUCAGUCAGUCUCCACCAUGAUAUGCACAGCUUCAGGCACUGAGGCUGACUCAUGAUACCCUGUCCUGGCACGCUGGGCAAAGACUCUGCACCUCCCCUACCCUAAACCCACUGUCUCCCUGUCUGUUGGGUGAGCUCCUGCCACCCUCCUUCCCAACCAGGCAAAACUCUUGCUUGCACUUUAAGCUCCUUCCAUGAUGACAUCAGUUUGUCCAUACUAUGGGUGUAUUACCUCUCCAGAACCAGCAGCACUGAGGACAACACACUGCAGUGUGACUGUAGACUGUAGACAGAGAGCUUUUACUGAAACUUCUUUUAUUUAUUUAUACCUUUGUGUCCUCUCCACAGAGGGCAACAUAAGAGUUUGUCAUACAGAAACGUUGUUUAGAUCAGAUUUAUGAUAAGUGAUGGAAAUUACACAACUUAAUAAGGAAGAACUAGAUGACAUAAGGCAUAUUCAUUAGUGACUAUAUGGACUGUGUGUUCAUUAUUGCCUGUCCUUUGUGAUACGUUUCCUACACAUGUAUUGAUUUUGUAAUUGACUCUCUCUGUGUGUGUGUGUGUGUAUGUGUGUGUGUCUGUGUGUAAAAGUGUAUUGAAGAAUGACAAACUUUCACAAGAUAGAGUUUAAUGAGAAAAUGUGCUCAUUAUGCUACUACAGCAUAUAUAUUAAAGCAGAUAGUGUAUAGACUUCACUCUUCAUUGUGGAGUGGUAAAUUCUAGGAUCACCUCAUUUUUCGGGGUGUGAUUUUAUCAUGUUUUUGUGUGUCCUUUAUUUUGAGGGAUAAAUUUAUACUAUUUAAGACAUGUUAUAUGUGUUCAUUGGAUGUUUUUUUCUAUAAACUCCUGUUCAUCAAAUAAAAACAGCACCUAAUGUGCCUUGUU